CCGCGUAUCAGAGCCGCACACAUGCACUAACCAGUCCGAAGGGAAGUGGAACACGUAGUCACCGCGAGGAACAUUUUUGGGAAGUCGAGUCAGCCGCAUCGCAUUCAUUGCAGCUACCCCCCUGGCCCUUGACCGCAUCGAAUUCAACUUAACUAUGUCUAUCAUCAUCAGUUGUCAAACAGACCAGUUUAUAAUGAACGAGCCUCACAGAAAAAACUGGACUCUAUAGCCAACGGGAUUCCAAGGACUUGAUUCCAGUCGCUUCAAGCCUGAUAGUUUGCAUUGGUGCGGCUGCCCCCCACCCAGUUGACCCCCCCACAUUGGUGUGCGAAAGGAAGGGUUCACUCCUCUCUGCAUCUCAGUUUGUUACGCAAGCUCUCUUUCACUCUCUUCUGAUCAUCUCCAGUUUACUUCAGGUUUAAUUUCCAAACGGCGUGAAAAUGAUUCCCAACGGCUAUCUGAUAUUCGAGGACGAAAGCUUUUUGGAUUCCACCGUGGCCAAGAUGAAUGCGCUCCGUAAGAGCGGCCAGUUUUGUGACGUCAGACUGCAGGUGUGCGGUCAUGAGCUGAUGGCCCAUCGGGCCGUGCUGGCCUGCUGCAGCCCCUACCUAUUUGAGAUUUUCAACAGCGACACAGAGCCACAUGGCGUGGCCCAUGUCAAGUUUGAGGAUCUGGACCCACAAGCCGUGGAGGUUCUGCUUAACUACGCCUACACUGCCCAACUGAAGGCUGAUAAGGAACUGGUGAAGGAGGUCUACUCUGCUGCCAAACGGCUCAAAAUGGAGAGAGUGAAGCAGAUCUGCGGAGACUACCUGCUCUCCAAGAUGGACGCCCAGAGCGCCAUCUCCUACCGCCACUUCGCCAGCGGAAUGGGAGAUACCCGGCUGCUCGGCAAGAUCGACGGCUUCAUCCAGGAGAACCUGCUGGAGGUGUCUGAGCAGGAGGACUUCCUCAAGCUGCCCCGCCUGAAGCUGGAGGUGAUGCUGGAGGACAACCUGAUGUUGCCUAGCAACGGGAAGCUGUACUCCAAGGUGAUCUCCUGGGUGCAGCGCAGCCUGUGGGAGAACGGAGAGCCGCUAGAGAGGCUGAUGGAGGAGGUGCAAACGCUGUACUACUCAGCUGACCACAAGCUCCUGGACAGAGCUCUGCUGGACGGGCAGGUCGAGGUGUUUGGUGCUGAGGAAGAUCACAUCCAGUUUGUGCAGAAGAAGGCCCCUCGUGAGACCGUGAGCAGGCAGCUGAGCACCAGCUCCUCUGGCACACUCUCCCCCGGCUCCACCAAGCAGUCCUGCAAGCAUGAGUGGAAGUACAUCGCCUCCGAGAAGACCACCAACAACACCUACCUGUGUCUGGCGGUGCUGGAGGGCAUGCUGUGCGUGAUCUUCCUGCACGGGCGCAACUCCCCUCAGAGCUCGCCGUCGGCCACGCCCUGCCUGCUCAAGAGCCUGAGCUGGGAGGGCCCGCUGGAGGCUACCGAGGAGCGCCCGCUGGCCCCCAUGCACUACGCCCGCUCCGGCCUGGGCACCGCUGCUCUGGACGGACGUCUCAUUGCCGCAGGUGGUUACAACCGGGAAGAGUGUUUGCGGACGGUGGAGUGUUACGACCUGAAGAACGACCGCUGGACGUUUGUGGCUCCCAUGCGCACGCCUCGGGCUCGCUUCCAGAUGGCUGUGCUUAUGGGGCAACUGUAUGUGAUGGGCGGCUCCAACGGCCACUCGGAUGAGCUGAGCUGCGGGGAGACGUACAACCCGACCACUGAUGAAUGGACUCAGGUGCCAGAGCUUCGGACCAAUCGCUGCAACGCAGGUGUCUGUUCCCUAAACAACAAACUGUACGUUGUGGGGGGCUCAGACCCCUGUGGCCAGAAGGGUCUGAAGAACUGCGACGCCUUUGACCCGGUCAUCAAAGUCUGGAGCAACUGUGCCCCACUCAACAUCAGGAGGCAUCAGGCAGCGGUGUGCGAGUUGGAUGGCUUCAUGUACGCAAUUGGAGGAGCGGAGUCCUGGAACUGCCUGAACAGCGUGGAGCGCUACAACCCUGACAACAACACUUGGACCCUCAUCGCCCCCAUGAACGUGGCCCGCCGAGGUGCUGGUGUGACCGUGUACGAAGGCAAGCUGUUUGUGGUGGGCGGUUUCGACGGUUCUCGCGCCCUGCGCUGUGUGGAGGUGUACGACCCGGCCCGCAACGAGUGGAGGAUGUUGGGAAGCAUGACGUCGGCGCGUAGCAACGCGGGCGUGGCCCUGCUCGGCAACUACAUCUUUGCCGUGGGCGGCUUCGAUGGCAACGAGUUCCUGAACACCAUGGAGCUGUACGACUUGGAUACAGACGAGUGGACCUCCUGUGCCACCGACUUCACCUCUGCCUGAGCUACACGUGUGUGGGGGGGGGGGGGGGGGGUGUCGGGGAGUGGAUAGGAGGGGUGGGGUGGGGGGGGGUCGGGCGCACCUUUUCCAAACUAACAGGCUUAGUGACCGUAAUCGUGCUUUGUGAUGUCUCUAUGUAAGCAGGAUGGGGGAAGGGGGGUAGUAGGUUUCCUUGGGGGGGGUCUUCAGUGGGGUCUUCAGUGAAGGCCAACUGAUUGUGGGGAGGGUGGGUGGGUGGGUGGAUGGGAGGGUUUAUUUAGUGUAUUGGGGGUGGGAGGGGUUGCCGAAAGCAACUUGAAGCCUUUUUGCAUAUUGCAUAUUUUCAUUUUUGUGCUGUAUAUAUUGUUUUUUUUCUCUCAAUUUUUCUGUUGAACAAAAAAUGCCAACAUUUUAAUACAUUUAGUGCAGUUACUUUUUUUUUUUUUUUUUUAAAUUCAUUUGAGUUGAAGGUUUUGUUUGGGUACAUUUUUUUCUUUAGGGGUGCUAAGGUGCUGUGAGCGCAGGAAGUGAGGGCAGACAUGGCGACAUAUUAGCUAGCAAAGUUAGCGUCAGUGCUAGCAGCUAACGCAAGAGAGACGUGCGGUUGAAAAUGGUGUUCAGAAAGUGAUUUUCGGGUUGUUUAAUUUUUCUAAACUCUCAUUAAAAGAUCUGCAGUGCAAAUGCCUUACUCAACACACAACACACAUACGCACAUUCACAAACUCUUUUACCACAUGGCUUUCGGUUUGGGUCAUUUGACCAGACGCAUGAUUGCAUUACCAAUCUUUAAACGAUGGCCUUUUUUAUAUAUCUAUGUUUUUUAUACACGGCUAAUUAACCAAUAGAUGAGAUCGCAGACGCACAAGACCGGCAGAGUCACCAACCCUACCCAGUGCCAGUCCAGCCCGCGUAUACGCACGCACGCACACACUCACUCGCCAGUGCUUCUGCUAACAGACCAACCCUUUUGUUACUGCUACUUCACUAAAACUCAGUCACAGGGCUGAGACUGUUUUUGUUUUCUCAAUCCUCACCCCCACCCCCACCCCGCCCCCUACUACUCUUGCUGGGUAUGCAUUUUCCUCCCCAUUCCGGGACUUGUGUUGAGUACUUUUGAGAGGUGGAGAUGUUGCUCAGAUUCUCUUCCCCCCCCCCCCCCCCUUAUUUGUUUUUAUUUUCUCCUGAUGUAGAGCAACUUAGGGAGCUGAAAUUCCUGUAUCACGUUUGUUAUAUGAGAUUUCUUAAACUAAUAAACCAUUUCAACCUGUGAAACCUG